AUGAGCUAUCAACCGGAAGAUCGCUCAGCGGGAGCUGAACUUGAUGAUAUUGAUUCAAGUGCUCUCGGUCGGGCACGCCCGCGGCGCCACGAUGACGAAGAUGAAGGCUCUGAUACCUUUGAAGAUGACGAUAUGGAAAGUACAGUCGGCGCACCCACCAACGGGAAUCAGAAGUCCCAAGGAAAUGGCGAGGAGGAAAUAGAGCUGCCUGCUCACGCAUGCGCAUACUGUGGUAUUCAUAAUCCGAGUAGCGUCGUCAAAUGUCUCUCGUGCAAUAAGUGGUUCUGCAGUGCACGUGGCAAUACCUCUUCAUCCCAUAUCGUGAACCACCUUGUCCGAGCCCGUCACAAGGAAGUUCAAUUGCACCCAGCAUCAUCUUUGGGUGAUACGAUUCUGGAAUGCUACAACUGUGGCACCAAGAAUGUCUUUUUGCUUGGCUUUAUCCCCGCCAAGUCUGAUACCGUUGUCGUUCUGCUCUGUAGACAGCCAUGUGCCUCCAUGCCCUCCUCCAAGGACAUGAAUUGGGAUACUUCGCGCUGGCAACCUCUCAUCGAAGAUCGUUCCUUCCUUCCCUGGCUUGUUGGAGCGCCCACCGACCAAGAACAACUCCGUGCUCGUCACCUCAGCCCUCAAUUGAUUGCGAAACUGGAGGAAAUGUGGAAGGAGAAUUCCCAGGCGACCUUGGAGGACUUAGAAAAGGCUACAGCAGUGGAUGAUGAACCUGCGCCAGUCCUUCUUCGUUACGAUGAUGCUUUCCAAUACCAGAAUAUCUUCGGCCCACUUGUCAAGAUUGAGGCUGAUUAUGACCGCAAGUUGAAGGAAUCUCAAUCUCAAGAUGGUCUGAUCGUGCGUUGGGACCUUGGUCUCAACAAUAAGCAUCUCGCAAGCUUCGUGUUGCCUAAGCUCGAGCUGGGAGAUGUCAAAUUGGCCGUCGGUGAUGAGAUGCGUCUCAAAUACAACGGUGAAUUGCGUCCCAAGUGGGAAGGUGUGGGUUACGUUAUCAAGAUCCCAAACAACCAAUCUGACGAAGUCACCAUCGAGUUACGCGCCAAGGGUGACCACAAGUCAGUACCCACCGAAUGUACGCAUAAUUUCAUGGCCGACUAUGUCUGGAAAUCGACUUCCUUUGACCGCAUGCAAUGUGCCAUGAAAACAUUUGCUGUUGAUGAAAUGAGCGUUUCUGGUUACAUCUUCCAUCGUCUUCUUGGUCAUGAGGUUGCAGCAGCGCCUAUGAAAACACAGAUUCCGAAAAAGUUCAGUGUUCCAGGUCUGCCAGAUCUAAACGGCAGUCAGAUCAAUGCGGUAAAGAGUGUGCUCCAGCGGCCUCUCAGUUUGAUCCAAGGUCCUCCCGGGACCGGCAAGACCGUGACUUCGGCCACUAUCAUCUAUCACCUUGCCAAGAUCAACGGCGGGCAGGUUCUUGUCUGCGCUCCGUCUAACGUUGCCGUCGAUCAGCUCUGUGAACGCAUUCAUCUAACAGGACUCAAGACCGUACGCGUUACUGCCAAAUCUCGUGAGGAUGUGGAAUCUGCUGUUGGGUUCCUUUCGCUGCACGAGCAGGUUCGUAUGAACGAUAGCAACAUCGAGUUGGUCAAACUCAACCAGCUCAAGGCCGAACUUGGAGAACUGUCCAGCCAAGACGAAAAGCGUCUGAAGCAGCUCACUCGUUCUGCCGAGCGUGAAAUCCUGACCAAUGCAGAUGUGAUCUGCUGUACUUGCGUUGGUGCAGGCGAUCCUCGUCUCUCCAAGGGCAAGUUCCGCACCGUUUUGAUUGACGAAUCGACCCAGUCUGCUGAGCCAGAGUGCAUGAUUCCCCUGGUUUUGGGCUGCAAGCAAGUUGUCCUAGUUGGUGAUCACCAGCAGCUUGGCCCUGUUAUUAUGAACAAGAAGGCCGCAAAGGCUGGUCUGAACCAGUCUCUGUUCGAGCGUCUCGUUAUCUUGGGCUGCUCCCCUAUCCGCUUGAAUGUCCAAUACCGUAUGCACCCGUGCCUUUCGGAGUUCCCAUCGAACAUGUUCUACGAGGGUUCGCUGCAGAACGGUAUCACCAUUGCCGAUCGUGUUCGCCGUGACGUCGACUUCCCUUGGCCUAUCAUCGAUGAUCCCAUGAUGUUUUGGUCAAACCUUGGCAAUGAAGAGAUCUCCGCAUCUGGAACCUCGUACCUCAACCGCACCGAAGCUACCAACGUCGAGAAGAUUGUUACACGCUUCUUCAAGGCAGGUGUUCAGCCUAGGGACAUUGGUAUCAUCACUCCCUACGAGGGACAACGCAGCUAUAUUGUCAGCUCCAUGCAAGCAAACGGUACCUUUAAGAAAGAACACUACAAGGAGAUUGAGGUCGCAUCAGUCGAUGCCUUCCAGGGCCGAGAGAAGGAUUACAUCAUCCUCUCUUGUGUGCGUUCCAACGAUCACCAGGGUAUUGGUUUCUUGAGUGAUCCUCGUCGUCUCAACGUGGCUCUUACUCGUGCUCGAUUCGGUUUGGUCAUUCUUGGCAAUCCCAAGGUCUUGUCUAAGCAUCCCUUGUGGAACUGUCUGUUGCAGCACUUCAAGGAACGCCACUGUCUUGUGGAAGGCCCGCUCUCUAACCUUCAAGAGUCCCUGAUUCAAUUCAGCCGGCCCAAACAAGCAUACCGAGGUCCUCAGCGCUUCCAGAUGUCUUUCAGCCAGGCAUCCAAUGCCCCAAACAGUGCAGUCAAUGGUCGCAACGGUCACCGCAAUGAGUACCACGACUCCGGUUCUGUGGUGGGCUAUAUCCCUGACGAUGUAUCUUCGGUCCACGGAUCGGCUGUUGGUGGCGUUGGUCUUCCAUCUGGCUACCCUCCUAUGUUCCAGAACUUUGGUGAGGCCUGGCCUUCGAUCUCUGGCGGCGGCCGUCGAGCCAACGGUGGCCGGGCUAAGGGAGCUCCCAGUGUGGCUGGCGAGUCGGUUGCUGCUACCGAGUCCGAUGUCACCAGCAGCGUCGCUGACGGACGCAGCGUUGACCAGGGUGGUGUCAGUCUCGCCGGGUUGAGUAUCAAUGAUAUGAACAAGCAGCCCAGCCUCAGCCAAUCGGACCGCUUGAAGCGCUAUGUCGAGUCUGGAGGACGCGAACCUUACAGGGCUGGAGUUCCUGACAACGGCAGCAUUUUCGGGGGCAGCUCUGCUAGCAUUCGCGUGACUCGCGGCGCACCUGGCCAACAUCCUCAUGACGACGAUGAUGCCCGCAGCGUUUCCACUGCUUUCGCUAGCCAAGUUGGUGGCAACUAUGACUGA